AAUUUAGCAACUCUAGUUGGUUUUGCGUCAGGUGAAAGUCGUACGGUACUCAGCGGAGAAAAAGUUGUUUCGUUUAGAAAUGAAACGUUUGUCAACAUCCUAAAUUAUACAUGUUGAAUAAUAAGAUUUACAACUUCAACAUCACCAGGUAAACAGCAGAAAUGAAGAGUCUCAAGUACCGACUGAAAAAGCAUGAAGUUUCGCUCACAAACACAGACUGGAACAAGUAUGACGACCGGCUGAUGAAGGCGGUGGAACGGGGCGAGGUGGACAAGGUGGCGGCCGUGCUCAGCAAGAAGGGCAUCAUCCCCACUAAGCUGGACAUGGAGGGACGAUCCGCGUUCCACCUCUCUGCAACCAGGGGCCACCUGGACUGUCUCAAUCUCAUCCUGGGCCACAGCGUUGACCUCACGGCCACCGAUGCCACCGGUAAAAACGCCCUUCAUCUAGCUUCCAGAAAUGGCCAGUCGCUUUGUGUGCAGAAGCUAUUGCAGCACAACUGUCCUGUGGGGAAUGUGGACUUGCAGGGGAGGACCGCUCUACAUGACGCUGUGAUGGCAGGCUGCUCCUCGAGCGUCAAACUACUGUGUGACAGCGGGGCCUCUGUAAACGCAAGUGAUUUUGAUGGGCGGACUCCUCUGGUGCUGGCUACCCAGAUGUGCCAUCCACACAUCUGCCAGCUGCUGUUGGAGCGAGGGGCCGACAUCGCCAUCCGUGACAAACAGAACAAGACCGCUCUGACCCUGGGCUGUGAGUAUGGCUGUAAGGACGCGGUGGAGGUCCUUCUGAAGAGCGGCGCCGACGUGACGGCCGUGGACAGCUUUGGCCACGACUGUUUCCACUACGCCCGCCUCAGCAAGAACCAGGAGCUGGUCGGCCUUUUCAAGACCUACCUCGACAACGUCACCAAAGGUCCGAGCACGGCUGUGUCCCAAUUUGACCUAUCAAAAGAAGCUGCCAAGAUGGAGCAGAAAAAGCGACAGCACUCAGUGGAGAUGACUGAACAGGCCGAAGCCAACGUGAGGGACCUGGAGAGACAGAACGAGAGCCAGCAGGAGACUCUGAGGAAGUUUCACCUGGAGCAGAGGGCUCUGAUGGACAAGGUCAAACUACUGCAGCAGCAGCUCAGCCAGGAAAAACAUACAGUGGAAUGCAUCCAUAAAGAGAGGGAACAGCUGAAGCUCUUACUGAGUGCCAAAGACAGGGAGGAGGGGGCUCGGGCCCCAGAGACUGUCAAGGUUCAGCUCAGGAGCCACAUGGGGGACUACUCUGGCCAGUCUGUUAUCAAAGGAAAAGACAAUGUCCUCGUCAAACAAUCUCACAGCCUGGAUUCAGCGCAGGUGCUGCAGUCGUCCGGUCUUUCACACUCACUGUCCCGUCCCCUGGAGCUUGCGGGACGUCCUGGCGUGGGCUGGGACCCAGUCGAGGAGGUGGAGGCCCUGCGGCGCGAGCUGGAGACGGUGAGGAGGCGGCAGCAGACUGCAGAGGAAGAGGCUCUUCGCCUGCAGGCGGCACUGGCCCGCAAAAGCCAGGAAUGCCAAGAGCUGGUCCAGAGCCGGGAGACCAUCCAACGGCAGGCAGACCGGCAGGUCCAGGAGCUGGAGGAGGCACUGGGGGACGUCCAGAAGAGGAUGCUGGACUCUGAAGCCAAGGUCAAGCAGCUCCAGGCCCACGUGGUGGCGGUCAAGGAGCACCUAGGAGGCCAGGCGGCCGACGAGCUCCGUGCCCAGCUCCACGAUGUCAAGGCCAAGUACGAGGGCGCCUCGGCCGAGGUGGGGCGUGUGCGUAACCACCUGAAGCAGAGUGAGAAGGCCCUGGAGGAGUACAAGAGCAGCGAGGGCCAGCUGGCGGUGGAGGCAGAGCGGCUGGGCCUGGAACUGACCGCCUUACGGGAGGAGCGGGAUGAGCUGGCAGAGGCUGUGCUGGACAUGGAGGCCCUCAUUAAGGAGACCCGGGCACGGCAGGGAGAGAAGGUUGUGCCGGCAGAGAAGUUCGACAACAUGAAGAACCUGCUGAGCAAUGCGGUGGAUGAGAAGGAGCGUCAGCUGGCAGAGCUGCGGGAGGACUAUGACCGUGUGCUGGAGGAGGUGGCUGAGCUACACAGGGAAAUGGACAGCCAGCAAACCCAGGCCGGGACAGGGUCGGUCCCCCUGCAGGAGCAUGAGAGGAUGAGGACGACCCUGGAGGAACAGAGUUCCUCCAUGAAGAGGAGGCUGGCGGACAUAACUGCCAAGAGCCAGGCACUGAUCCGCCAGGUAGAGGAGAGCGAGGAGGAGCGGGAGAUGCUCCAGGAGCAGCUGGAGGAGCUCAACAGCAGGGUGGAGGCCAACUUCAUCCCCCUCAAGGCCCAUGAAGAGGCCAAGAGCGCCCUGGAGAGAACUGUGGAGGAGCUGGAGGAGAGGCUGGUGGAGGCCGCGGAAAGGAACGGCCAGGCCGAGGUGCAGAUCCAGAGGCUACAAACGGAGAGGGUCACCCUGUGUGAGAGCGUCACCAGCCUACAGAGCGCUUCCGUGCCCUCUGAGAAGUUCCGGAGCGAAGUGGGUGCCCUGAAUGCUCGCAACGCUGAACUGGUGAAGGAACUGGAAGUGCUCCAGAAGAGGUUUGAAGAGAGAGAGAAGGUGCUGGCCCAGGUCACUGCCAAGAACCAGUCUCUGAAACAGAGCCUAAAUGGAGAGUACGUGUCCAGAGAGAAACAUGAGCAAGUGAAUUCGGAGCUGAGUGCUGCUUUGGAGAAGGCCAAGGCUGAGCUCUCCAAAGUGGAGAAGGAGAGCAAAGAAAGUGAGGAAGUGUUGCAGAAGGUGAAAGAGGGUAGUGCAGAGUUGAAAGAGAAGUUAGAGAAUGUUCAGGUGAUGAUUGAAAAUGACUAUGUGUGCCUUAUAGACCAUGAAGCUGUAAGGGUUAAGUUGAGCAAUGCUGUUGUUGAGGCGGAGCAUCGUGCCAAAGAGGCGUUGGCAAGCUACCAGUCUGCCCAAGAUGGGACAGUAAAGCUUCACCAAGAAAUGGAGGCGCAGAAGAAAGAACUAGACACCAUCCAGGAAGCUAUCCAGGCCAAGUUUGUUCCGUUGACUGCCAUAGAGGAGAGGGAGAACUCCUACAACACCAAGCUGAAAGACUUGACAGGAAAGCUCUCGGAGAUGCAAGAGAAGUACAACCAGGAGAAGUUGGAGGGGGAACGUCACAAGCAGGAGAAAGAGAAACUGAAAGUGCAGAUGGAGUCUGUGCAGCAGAGAAUGGAGACAGGCUUUGUCGCCAGUGAAAAGCACAAGGAGGUGGAGGAUGAGUACAGGGGUAAAAUGGAGGAGCUGACGCUGAGGUUGGUGGACCUGGAACAGCAGUACAAAGACGUGACUGUGCAGAGGGCCGAGCUGGAGGAGCAGAACGCCCUGUGUAACACUGACAUCCAGAGCCUGCAGCAGCGCCUGGAAUCCGAGUCGGCCCGUCUGGAACACUAUGAGGCCGAGCACCGAGCCCUGAGGGGCACCAUCCACCAAGCCCAGGACGAGUGCCAGAAAGCCAGGGAGGCCCAGCGUGGGGAGGCCCAGAGAGCCUGCGACUUGGAGAAGGAGCUCCAGGGAUGCUCCGGGGACCAGGCCGUCCUCCUGCAGCAGCAUGCUCAGGCCAAGGAGGCCCUGGAGGGGCAGGUGGCCCAGCUACUCGCUUCCCUUCGCCAGGAGCAGGAGACCAGCGCCCAGAGGGCCCAGAACGUGGCAGCCCUGCAGUCAGAGCUGCUCCGGGCCACCCAGGCCCUGGACAAACUCGGAGGAAGAGAGGACCAGUUGAGCCAGCUGAAGGCCGAGAAGCAGCGUCUGCAGGAAGAGACGGCGGCGUUGGGGGAGAGGCUAUCUGGGCUGGCGGAGCAGUGCGAGGUGCUCCACCAUGAGGUGGCCCAGGCCAGGGAGGAUGAGGGCAGGGCCAGAGAGGACAAGUCCAGGGCCAGGGUAGAAACUGAGGCCCUGCAGGAGAAGAGCAACACCAUGGAUAAGGAGAUCCGGGAGCUGAAGGAGAGGUAUGAGGAGUCGCUCAGCACCAUCGGGGAGUUUCAGAGGAGGAUCCAGAUGUCGGCGGAACAGACAGAGGUCAAAGACAAAAAGAUCAGCGAGCUGCUGACGGACGUGGAGAGACUGAAACAGGCCCUCAAUGGUCUGUCCCAGCUGGCGUACGCUGGCAACGCUGCACCCAAUAAGAGACAGACGCAGCACAUAGACACACUCCAGGCCCAGAUCAAGAGCCUGCAGCAGCAGCUGGCUGAUGCUGAGAGUCAACACAGAGAGGUGGUUUCAAUUUAUAGAACUCAUCUCCUCAGUGCAGCACAGGGCCACAUGGAUGAGGACGUCCAAGCCGCCCUGCUGCAGAUCAUCCGCAUGAGACAGGAGUUUGUCUGCUAAAAGUCCAUUCAGCAACAACAAAACACAACCCGUUGACUCAAAUCCACCGUUCA